UUGUCUAUGAUAGGAAUUGACUGAUGGAUGUUUCUUGUUUGUCUUGUCACUUUUCUAAAAUACGUAAUUUUUGACGAGACCUUUGUUGCUAUCAAUUGAUGUUAAAAGUGCAUAUAAAAAAUGGUUGAUCCAAUAUUCGAUUACCAAUUUAGGCUUAUCCUAAUUGGUGAUAGUACGGUGGGCAAGAGUUCUCUCCUGAAAUAUUUUACAGAUGGGAAAUUCGCUGAGCUAUCAGAUCCUACGGUUGGUGUAGAUUUCUUUGCGAGAAUUAUAGAGGUGCAAGAUGGUACAAGAAUUAAACUGCAGUUAUGGGAUACGGCUGGUCAAGAGAGGUUUAGAUCUAUUACAAAAUCCUACUAUAGGAAUUCAGUUGGUGCGUUAUUAGUAUACGACGUGUGUAACAGAUCAAGUUUUGAGCAUAUACCCCUGUGGAUGAUGGAGGCAAAGCGACACAUAGAGCCUCACCGGCCAGUGUUUGCUUUGGUUGGCUGCAAAGUGGAUCUGGUGGGCACAGACAAUAAAAACGGAGCGAGAAGGGAGGUUACAUGCGAAGAGGCGCGAAUGUUCGCAGAAGAGAAUGGUCUACAUCAUGUAGAAACAUCAGCCAAAACAGGUGUGAACGUAGAAGAAGCAUUUGUGCUAGUCGCUCAAGAAGUAUACAACCGCAUUCAGACCGGUGAAUACAAAGUGGAAGACGGAUGGGAUGGAAUCAAGACUGGCUUCAACCGCCCUAACGGUAUGGACUUUAACCUUCUCGAAGCUGAAACAGUCCAGUCCACAUGUUGCUAGGAGACGAUAAACAAGUGUAUAUAUUUGACUCACAAUAGUUUAGUAAUAUACGACGUGUAAGCAUAAUUUUAUAUAUAUAUUGUGUAGAUAAGGUGUGGCGUCUGCCGUAUAAGCUGUUUAUUUACGUUUCUUAUAAACACUUUUACUUUUACACACUUUUCUUUUGGUGGAUAUUGGUGGUAUGUUAUUUAAAAUAGUUGCGAACAUUGCAGUUUGUUACGCAAAGCAGAAAUAAAAAAGGUUUCAAAUGAGUUUUGAAAUUCAAAUAUUAUUUAUUUUUCAAGCAAUUUCUAAAGGUUAACAAAUGGCCAUCAUUCUAUUUUUAGUCCUGGAAUUACUAUUACUACUUAAAAUGUAAAAUAGUUGAACACAUAAAAAUUACUAAUAAUAAUGUAUGGCAACUUUUAGUUAAAGCUACUAACAAUAAUAAAAAUUUAUUAUUUUUUGGCGUUUUCAAAUUGGUAAGUAGGAAUUCAAAUAUAACUGAAACAUUUCAUCUCAUAGGUUUGCAAUCCCAUGAAUCUUAGGUGCAUAUUAUUACUCCAAUUAUGUGUUAUGUCCCAGGCAGUUUAUACUAAAUGGUUCAUUAAAUACAUAGUCAAGUCAAUUUUACCAUUAUUAGAUAUCGUUGUCCAUAAUUUUUAUAUUAUUUAUCACAGGAUAACAGUAGUGUGACCAUGAUUUGUCAUUUCAAGUUGAAUCAUCAUUUUAUAUUUUUGUAGGUCCAUACUUUUAUUUGCUGAAAGGAAAAGAUAAAGCUCUAAAUAUAGACAAAUAUUAAUAUUGAAUCAGAAAUAUGUGUCAUUGCAUUGCAACUAUAUACUUAUUUGGAUGUAAGUACAGGAUUUUCAACAUAAAAUUGCUCAAGAUGCAUAAACGAUUUUCAAAAAACCUUUUUAACUCUUACUACCUGUCUGUUUAAAUUCUUAUAAUUGUCUUGCAAAGAAAUAAGUUUUAUAUACAAACAAAAAAAUAUAGCUCUCGCUAUUCUUGACUCGUUUACGAGUAAAUGUAAAUAUUGUAAAAAAUGUAUGCCCAUAAAGUAUAUUUAUGAUCCAAAUGCCACAAAAUUUUCAAAAUCGGCUUCCACAAACUUUCAGACACGUACUUUGUUAUCCUAGGGCCGAUUUCACCGACAACACAAACGUUAGUUUUUCUUUGAACCACUGUUUAGGUACGUUGAAAAUUGAAAGAAAACUCAUUGUAAACAAUUGUUUAUGAAAACUGACGUUUAUGUUGUCGGUGAACUUGGGGCCUAGUUGCCUAAAAUGAUCUCGCCGAAAGGAAAUAAAACCUAAAUCUAGACAUUGUUUAGGGCCUAAACUGUCUUUCAAGAGUAAUCGCCGCAGUGGCAUUUGGACCGCUUUAUACAUUACGCGUGUAAUUUGAACCAAAGAUUGCGAAAAUGAUCCCUACGAUUUUGUUUCCUUCAAACUGUAUAGAUUAUAUUCUUGUUUCACUAACAUUUAAUAACUAUAAGUUAAACAUAUUGUACCUGCAACACCUUGUGUAAUUAACACCAUUAGGAAUUGUAACUGUCGUAUGCCCGAAUAUUUGAAGCUCGUUAAUUAAACUUCUCUGAAUGAAAUUCGGGUAUUCGCGCAUUUUUACCACUUUUCUGUAAUGUAUGAAAAAGUCCUUCAGAGUGCUCCAAAAUUCGUCAUCAAAAAUAUUUUAAGUAGCUCUUAUGCAUCUCUGAAUGAACCAAGGUACUUGUAAUUAGCAUGUACACAGAUCUAUUCUACACAAAUAGAAUUAUACACGAUAGUUGCUCCAAUUCUUAAUUAGGCCCCAAAAUCUUGUCACGCAAGUUAUACCGUAUUAAUUAAAUUAAAUAUUUUCAUUACAUUCAAUCUAGAAUCUAAAUAACCAAGCCGUCCAUUACGAUGGGCAAUUUUGAAAUUUUCAAAUACAUAUAAUUCAUUUUAGAAAGACCAUGUGUUGUUGCGUUGAUCUGACGACCUACGAACAUAAUCCUAUUCUUAUAAAAGAGGUUUAAGUACCUAUAUCUUGUUUGUGAAGCUAAAUAGACUUAUAGGAAGACUAUAUAAUAUGGAUCAUGUUUGCCUAGGAAGCGUGGUCAACGCUAGAUUGAUCAAAAAGUGUUCAUGUAGCAGGCGUUUAGAGUAAAAAUAAAUCAGCGUUUUAGGCCGAAACUGAGUCGCGUAAUUUACGUCGAGAAAGUACGCAGCUCGUAGUAGGAAUACUGAAAUUCGGUAACGUAAAUAACGCGACUCAGUAAAUACCUUUUCGUUUCGUAGUCAUGUUUUUUUUGUUUUAAAUUCUUGCAGAUUAAAGUGAUGGUAGAAAUAAUUUAUUAAGUUCUAAAUUAUAUUAAAAAAUACUAAUGAUAACGAUAGGGUUAAAAUUUGUAACGCCUAGAUUUAUUCGAGUGAUGAAAAUAGGCUAAAUGGACAGAAAAUGAAAUAUUACCUUACUUUAGACUUGACCGUUUUGCGCGGCACAAAUAGUUUCCAGCGCUUUUCACACAUAAGGUUUUAUUCACAAACUUCUAAUCAAAAUAUUGACAUCUUUUAUCUGAAUUAAAACCGGUUCUUUUGUUACCGGUAUAACUAGGUACAUGUAAAAUCGUUCUGACGCGAGUUAUGCAAUUUAAAUAAUUUUAAGGUCAUCGCAUAAGACUAAAAGAUAACAAAAAAUAAAAAUAUUGGUGAAUUAAAUUAUUCGAUUGACAAUAUUUAAAAUUGUCGUAACGAAAAGUACUUUUGGACGUAUGAUUUAAAAUGUUAUUUUUUAAUCUUAUGAAUUAACAGUUUGUUUUAUUGGAGUAGCUUAUAAUAUGCUGUUAUAAUAAUGCUUUAUAUAAAGUAAAGUUUUUUGUUAAUUA